ACAAAUUUCAUGAUUUUAUGAACUUUCAUUCCAGCAACUCACUGAAUUGRGAUCAUCAGAUCGAACAUCAAAUGGUUUUCCCCUGCCGAUCGUGUUCCGCUAGGUUUAUUGAAAACAUAUCUCAUGUAAUUCCCUAGUGUCAGGAAAUUGCCAGAUACUGCGCCUCUGAUGAGAUCGUGAGCAAAGUCACUUACGUCACAACCUCACUAUAAAAACGCGUUCGACGUCAGUUUUGUCAUAAUAGCGAUAAAACAGAAGCAAGAAAAGAAAAAAAAAAUAUGGAAAACAAUUCGCUUUGUGCUACAAAGAGUAAUACCACUGGCRUUCAACCUAGCCAGAUUUCAGGUGUAUAUUUAGUCCGUGGUAUCGRYAYUAUUUCGUUGGCAAUGAUCACAAGCUUAGCCAAUYGCAUGGUGYUAUUUCUAUUCAUCAAAGACCCCUUUAACAAGAUUCGCAAAUCAAGAACAAAUAUCUUAAUCACUAGUCUUGCAGUUGUGGACUUUUCAGUAGGAUUUCUUCUAGAACCCAUCGGUGCGUACUGGUUUUUAACCACUUUUUCAUCCAAACAGGAACCAUUUAAGCGCAAAUAUCUAGAAAUGGCUGAAGCUUAUCUUCUGCUUGUCUCCGUCUUCCACCUUCUUGGCAUUACCAGGGACCGCCAUCUUGCAAUCCUAAAUCCAAUGCAGUAUUCGUUCAAGAAAACAAGCAGAAAGAGAUCCUACAGCAUUGUGGCUGUCAUCUGGUUGUACUGUUUAUUUCUCGUGGCUGGUCUCAGGUUCAUCGGCAGGCAUUAUAUACGCAACAUUUUGUUCUGCUUGCAUGURGACCUUGCUGUAGUUGUAUCUGUUACUAUGUUCUGUGGAGUAAUGCGUUCUCUACGUAAACAAACACUGUGUCUAAAGAGUCUAAACGUCCAGCAACUCCUUACUGCCAGGUCAAUUGAGAGGGAAAGAAAAGUAACGAAAACUAUGGGUUUUAUGCUUGCCGUGUUUCUUGGAUGRACGCUUCCUUGGUUUCUAAUGAUGCAAAUUCUACCGUUAUGUUCCAGCUGCAAAAAGAAUCAAGCAAAGUUAUUGUGGGUUUUUCAAUGCUUCUUUGUGCUUUUCCAGGCGAACUGUGCUUUUAAUCCAUUCCUAUGUGCGUGGAGACUGCCAAAAUARAGYACAGCUAUGAAAUUAUUACUGUACKGWGGAAAACAAAAUUUCCCAAGAAAGAUUUCUCUUGGUACAACGUCGGUUUCGUUCCAGCAGCGGUCCUCGUUGGGYUGGCAGUCUACGUCUACUGGUGAUCAGCCCGUAGUGACAAACAUUCAAUCAACCGUAUCUUGASCAUUAUUCUAUCCUUAACAUUGCAUGCCGCAAAGUAUAAAACGCUUYUAAACUCGUAAGGUCCACAAGACACCGUUUAUUUUUACUAGCUAAACUAUUACAAAAUAUUUUGUUUAUAUAGUACGUAAUCUAAUAGACUGCAAAGAUGUUGUAAUACUACCUAUUCUACGUCGUAUUUAAUAAAGAAAACUAUAAUCAUAGAA